AUGAGCAACGAAGACGACGUCGAGAACCUCAUUCGCUUCAUCAAGCAGACAUACACAGACCGCGAGUACGCCUCAGGGGGUCGUAUCGUACUACCAGUUCUAGUCCAAAAACCCGGAACACCCAAAUCUGUCGGUGUCCAAACCCCUCAAAGAGUCUCAGGCACGAUCCUCCAAGUCACCGUCCAGGAGAUCCAAGACCGGACUCGACACGCCUUGAAGCAGAUCGGACUAAUGCCACCAUCAACUAUCCAGGAGUAUCCCGCCGACAACGAGAGCCUCCGCCAGAAGUCGCAGAAGUCGUUUAGUAUGAGGAGCGGUGGGUCCAGGAUACGGGCGAAGUUUAGGAGGAGUAUCUUGCAGGUUCUGCAGCCGAAGGUGACGGCGCAGCAUUAUGGGUGA